AAAAAUUAGUAGAAAUGAACCAAAUAGAAGAAACCCAGACAGAAGAAAGCCAAAUGGAAGGAAUACAAUUAGAAAAAGAUCAAGUAGAAGAAAGCCAAAUGGAAGGAAUUCAAUUAGAAGAAAGCCAAUUAGAGGAAAAUCAAGAAGAAGGUUUCGUUUAUCGUGAUACACUUCGAAAACGUAAAAGUAGAAAAGACGAAACGCCUCAGCAACACACAGCUUACCAACAUGAUACAAAUGCGGAUAUUAGUGAACAUGAAGAUGAAUCUGAUUUGCUGUAUACUAAUUCACAAUUGGAGUUUAGUGUGUUUCUCAGAAGUAUGGAAACGGAAAAUGAACGCGAAGAUGAACAGAAUGGGUUGGAUAAUACGGAUCUACAGCUGGUGUUAGAUACAUCUCAAAGUGGCGAUAAUAAUAUAGUUAUACAACAUACUGACCCUCUUUCUGCUUAUCUCAAUAAAGCUGAUCAAAAACUUCUGCAACGAUUUCGUCAUAAAAUGGAUAAAUUGGAGCAUAAACUCUAUGAAUCAAACGUAGAAAGUGAAGAAAAUGUAAUUACAAGCACCUUUGUAUCUCUUCUUCCUUCAGAUAAUAGAGAAGAAACUGCAAUAAAUAAUACACUCAAUUGA